CCACGGCCGGAAGUGGCGUAUGCGGAAGGAGCGGGCAGCUGGGGCCGCGGGGCCGGCGCCGCUGGGCCUCGGUGUGCUGCUGGACGGCCGAGCGCCGCCGCCGCUCCCGCACCAUGCUGCGCGGCCUGGGCAGCUGGCUGGGGCUGGAGCGGGCGGGCGAGGAGAAGCUGCUCGCAGCCGAGGAGAGGAGCAGCUCCGCGGAGGAAGAAGAGGCCGCGGCGGCAGCGGCGGGCGCGGAGCCGGCCGGGCAGGGCUCGGAGCGAGCGGAGCUGCAGGCGGACUCGGAGGCUCUCCUCAGCCAGGCAAAGGGGCUCGGCAGUUACCUCUUCAAUUUUGCCACUGCUGCUACAAAGAAGAUCUCAGAGUCCGUGGCUGAGACUGCACAGACAAUAAAGAAGUCUGUAGAAGAAGGCAACAUCGACAGCAUCAUUGACAAGACAAUUAUUGGAGAUUUUCAGAAGGAGCAGAAGAAGUUUGUCCAGGAGCAGCAAACAAAGAAGUCAGAAGCAGCAGUGCCUCCCUGGGUGGACAGCAAUGAAGAAGAGACAAUUCAGCAGCAAAUCCUGGCCCUGUCAGCAGACAGGCGGAACUUCCUGCGGGACCCUCCGGCGGGGGUGCAGUUCAACUUCGACUUCGAUCAGAUGUACCCUGUGGCCAUGGUGAUGCUGCAAGAGGAUGAGCUGCUCAACAGGAUGAGAUUUGACCUCGUUCCCAAGCACGUAAAGGAGGAAGUGUUCUGGAGAAAUUACUUCUACAGAGUGUCCCUGAUUAAGCAGUCAGCACAGCUCACAGCCCUGGCAGCCCAGCAGCAGGCCGCAGGCAAAGACGACAGCAAAGGCAGAGAAGAGGACACUCAGCUGAAAGAAACAGUCCGGCCCAAAACCCCUCCUGUGACCAUCAAGCCUCCAAUCAAACCUCAGGAGGAGGAGGAGGAGAUCUCCACGAGCCCAGGGGUGUCAGAAUUCGUCAGUGAUGCUUUCGAUGCCUGCAGCCUCAAUCAGGAAGACCUGAGAAAAGAGAUGGAGCAGCUGGUGCUAGACAAGAAGAAGGAAGGGACCUCAGCAGUAGAAGAAGAAGCUGCUGACUGGGAGAAGGAGCUGCAGCAAGAGCUGCAGGAGUACGAGGUGGUGACAGAGUCUGAGAAGCGAGAUGAGAACUGGGAUAAGGAAAUAGAGGAGAUGCUGCAGGAAGACAACUGAAGAAACUCCACAGCAGCACUGUGAGCGUUCCCUGAGCACUGAGCUGGAUUUCUGCUCUCCAUUGGGCUCACAAGAGGCAUGCAGAGGCCCCAGUUGUUCUAAUUCCACGUGGGAAUGCAGCCACCACUUCUGUUCUUUCUGUGAGCAGUUUCUGAACCUUCUGCAUUCUUCAGAAGAAAGCCAAGCAGAGGCAGAGCUGAAGUGCUGCCCCUGGGGCAGCAAGGUUAGCUGGAAGCAUCCAGAGGUGCUCCAGCAGCCUGAGAAUCCAAACUGCCUUUGUCUCCUGCCUCCUGUUGGAGCUGUACGAGUGGAUGCUGGAGCUCGGUCCUCGCCAGGAGCUCCUCACGUCUGCACUCUGCACCACCUGCAAACGGCUCCUGGCUUUUUAGGGUACUCUCAGUUGUAUUUAACUCUCUAAUGGACGUAGCCAAAGAAUUCCUGAAGAGCCCAGGACUUGGAACACCUUCCAGGGAGCUGUUUGAAACAAUGCUAAUUCAGACUCUGAUUAAUGAUCAGCACUAAUGAAGUGGCAAACAUCGAAGCCUUUAAAUAAGAGCAGAGUCAUUCACUGCUUGAAUUCAGCUGCUGCAUAGUGUUAAAUCAUCACCUCCAGCUGCUUCCUGUGCCCAUGCAUUCAUCGCAUUCCUUAGCAGGAGGCUCUUCUCUCUCCAUUUAACUUUGCUGCCUGAGAGCAAAUUAAAUGUUUCCUUUUCUUUUACAUUCAUGUAAAAACUUUGGCUGCUUUCAGCAUCUUCAUUAACCACUGUAGAGAUGUACAGAAUGGUCUCUGCUGCUUGGAGGGAGGGCAGAGUGGGGCUCAAGCACAGGCUGCAGCAGUAGACUUUGGCACUCUGCUUCAGACCUGCAGUGCAAAUAAAGUUCUCUUUCAGAGA